GCCUCUCUCUUGUCUCACUUCUCACGCGGAGCAAACCUAAAUUGCCGCCGCUGCCGUCGCCGCCUUCGACAGCGCGCAAGCUUCCCGAUCAGCCACGCCGGAGCGCCUCCGACGUCGUUUUCCGAUUCAUCAGGAGCAUGCCAGAAAGUAAAUCAACAAUUGGGCUUUUGUGGGCACCAAAGGUGCUACCUUCAUUUGGUGGAGCGAAAAAUGGGUCAGAGAUGUUGCACAGUCAAGCAAAAGAUCUUAUUGAGAAAUCUUCUGUUGAGCUUGUGGAUGGCCUGUACUUACCACCCAGAGAUCCACGCAAGCUGAAUAAGUUGAUGAAGAGAAAUGCAAAAGACACAGCUGGUCGAAGUUGGUUUGAUAUGUCUGCCCCUAAAAUUACUCCUGAGAUAAAGAAUGACCUUGAGAUUCUCAAGUUGAGACAUGUUAUUGAUCCAAAAAGGCAUUUCAAAAGAAGUGAAAAUUCCAAGACAGUUCCAAAGUACUUUCAGGUGGGCACUGUUAUUGAAUCUGCAUCAGAAUUUUUCUCAAGCAGGCUAACAAAGAAAGAGAGGAAGGCAACAUUAGCAGAUGAACUCUUACAUGAUGAUGCUCUGAAGGCUUAUAGGAAACGAAAGCUGCGUGAAAUUCAUGAGAGCCACCAGACCGGUGGGCACGAGAAGUGGAAACAUAAAGGUCGUCAGACGUGGAAACGGGCUAAGGAUAGAAGGAAAUGACCUUCCCUUUAUGCUUUAUUUUAAGGGGAUAAUGGUUAGCAAAAAUGUGUUUUCAGAAAUGUAGCAAGAGGAACACCACUUGCCUUGCCAUUGCCAUUUGUUUACUUGAAGGAUGUUUAGAAAUGGAUGGGAAUGUUAAACGAAUGUGUUACCUGAGAAUUGUGGGUUAUGUAUCUAAAUCUCACGGGAAGUUUUUGUGUCAGUAUUUAAUUUACUUAUUUCGCAUUUGAAUGACCUUA